GCGGGGGGAGGGCAAAUUUGUAAAUUCAAAUGGAAACCCUCAUUUUUCAGAGCAGAUUCGAUUCUACGUCAGAAAUUAUGUAGGGUUUUAUCUAAAACGGAUUCUUAACCAGGAGUCAGUAAGCUUGGAAUGAAAAUUUAAGAAUGCCAGAAGAUUCAAGAAUACCAGAAGAUUCAAGAAUACCAGAAGAUUCAAACGGAGAAUCACCGUUAAGAAAGAAAUUUCUAAUUAGGGGGAAUACAAUAUUGCCAGAUAUAAUGCGUAACAUAUUUAAAUAUCUGACAGAUACAGAAUUAUUUGACUGCCGUCGAGUGUGUACCACGUGGAAAGCUAUCGUUGAAGACAUCAUGUAUCAGAAAGUAACAAUAGUUAUUAGGAAAAUUCCGGUUUCCUUAAUAGAAUCGACAUUGUUUUAUCCUCAGAAUAUGCAACGUUAUUUGCAAUUAACAGAACGUUUUCAAUGUAUUUGGUUUGUUUUGGAAAACCAUCCGACCCCUAAAUGUUCACGUUGUCCCUAUUGUUUAAAAGAACCAAUUGAAGGUCGUAUAGUGUGGGAUCUCACCAGACAGAGUAUAAUUCUGUUAGAAGAAGAUGAAAUUGAAAUACAAUUAGUAAUCUUUCCAAAGAUUCCCGGUUUCGAUGUUUUUCACUUUCCGUAUAGAAAAAAUGAAUUAUUAUCCAAACAGAAUUUAAAUCAUUAUACGAAGAAAUUCACCGAAAUGACGACAUUUGAAUGGCAUUGUGUCAUCUGUUACAGGGAACUUGGAAGCCAUUUCUUUAAUAAGAGCGAUCACUUUAACGAUAUUUACACAAUUAGAAGAGAAGCGUAUUAUAUCGUUGGAUUUCAAGGGGAGAGAGUAAAUUCUUUUUCUGUUUAUAUCGAAAAGAAAAAAUGUGGUUACAAAACCCUCAUGAAAAGAUUCGAGCGACUUAAAUGCUUGAAACCCACAAUUGUUCAGGAGAGAUGUUUGAUGUAUAUCAAUCACAGAGCCUGCUUGACUAUGAUGUCUGUAAUAAGUGUAGCUUUAAAACAUUCUUUUCCUCUUGUCAGUUGUAUCGAGCAUAAAUACUAUCCUUUUCAUUACACAAUCAUUCCCAGUGAAAAUUACCAUUUUGAUUGCAAAACGAAGGAAUGGUGGGAUAAAGAUUUCCUUGCAGAAAUUGUUUUUGUUUGGUGGAGUUAAAAAAACAUCGUAAUAAAACGAAUUAACAAUACCGAUCUGUGAUUAAUUUUAGUCAAGUGUUAAUAAAUUUGUUUAUUGAAUAUUUCUUUAAUUUUAAUAAAAUUAUUAAAGUAUUUACUUGGGGAUAAAAAUCGAUAAGUAUUUACUACUUGAAGCAAUUUAUCAGAGCUAAUUGGAUUAUUGUAACACGAAGGAAGGAAGAAUAU